GCAGAACCGUCGCGUGCCCCGGAGCGCCUCCGCCAUGAAGCCCAACUUGUGUCUGCGACUGAGGGUCUUUAACCUCAACUUCUGGGGCAUUCCCUACCUGAGCAAGCAUCGGGCCAACCGCAUGAAGCGCCUGGGAGACUUUCUGAACAAGGAGAGCUUCGACCUGGCUCUACUGGAGGAGGUGUGGAGUGAGCAGGACUUCCAGUACCUGAGACAGAAGCUGUCGCUCACCUACCCAGCUGCACACUACUUCAGGAGCGGAGUCAUUGGCAGCGGCCUGUGUGUCUUCUCCAAACACCCAAUUCAGGAACUCACCCAGCAUGUCUACACCCUCAAUGGCUACCCCUAUAAGAUCCAUCAUGGUGACUGGUUCUGUGGGAAGGCUGUGGGGCUGCUGGUGCUCCAUCUAAGUGGACUGGUGCUCAACGCCUACGUGACACAUCUCCAUGCAGAGUACAAUCGACAGAAGGACAUCUACCUAGCACAUCGUGUGGCCCAAGCUUGGGAACUGGCCCAAUUCAUCCACCACACAUCCAAGAAGGCAGAUGUGGUUCUGUUGUGUGGGGACCUGAACAUGCACCCGAAAGACCUGGGCUGCCGCCUGCUGAAGGAGUGGACGGGGCUGCAUGAUGCCUAUCUUGAGACCAGGGACUUCAAGGGCUCUGAAGAAGGCAAUACAAUGGUACCCCAGAACUGCUACGUCAACCAGCAGGAGCUAGAGGCAUUUCCCUUUGGGAUCCGCAUUGACUAUGUGCUUUACAAGGUGGUUUCUGGGUUCUACAUUUCCUGUAAGUCUUUGGAAACCACUAUAGGUCAUGACCCUCACAGCGGCACCCCCCUCUCUGAUCACGAGGCCCUGAUGGCUACUCUGUGUGUGGGGCACAGCCCUCCCCAGCAAAACCCCAGCCCUACCCAUGGACCAGCAGAGAGGUCGCAGUUGAUCGAUGUGCUAAGGGAGGCCUGGACAGAGCUGGGUCUGGGCGUGGCUCAAGCUCGUUGGUGGGCCACCCUCGCUGGCUAUGUGAUUGGUCUGGGGCUGCUUCUCCUGGUGUUGCUGUGUGUCCUGGGGGCUGUAGGAGCCAGGGAAGCUGCCAUAUUGCUCUGGAGCCCCAGUGUAGGAUUGAUGCUGGUGGCAGGUGCAGCCUACCUCUUCUACAUGCAGGAGGCCAGUGGCUUAUGCAAGGUCCAGGCUGAGCUCCACCAUGUGCUGGGAAGGGCAAGGGAGACUCGACCAGCCCUGCUCCUGGGACAGCAGCAGGGGAACAGAACUGAGAAACAAUAAAGUUUGAUACUUUAGUG